UUUCUGCUGCUUAAUGACAGCAUCAGCAAAAGGGACUUUUUUAAUCUUGUUGGUUGUUUUGCAGACAAUUCAAUCGUUAUUUUCGUCACGUGUAUUUUGUUACUUCACUCUCCAAAAUUAUCAUUGGAUGGCCAAUGAGAGAUUCGACAUUGAAAAGGUUACUCAGCAGAUGACCAUGCACUAUCAUCUGUGAGGUGUCAAAAGAUGAGCCCCUACAACAAUGCCUCUGGUACGUUUCCAUGAGAACCGUGGUGUCAACAUUGAACUCCGCAGCGACAACCAGGUGGCCCGGCGCUCAGCCAGCUUUGCCAAUGCCAUAACAUUCACCGAUCGACCCCUGAAACCAGGGGAGCUCUUCUUGGUUGAGAUUGAAGAGCAGGAACCAGGCUGGAGUGGUCACCUACGAUGCGGACUAACCCAGCACCACCCUGCUGCCUUGAAAGUGAACAGACACGGGGAUGGAAUCUCGGAGAUCACGUCACGUUUUUCAGAGUAUUCGUUGGAGAGGCAGAGGGUCAGCUCGGCUCCCACAAUCCCCCAGUACUCCAUGCCUGAUCUGACCAAUAUGGGGAAGUCAUGGAUUUACGCCAUCACGAAAUACCACAAUAAAGUACAGGAGGACCGACAGGGUUCUCCUGAACUUGGAACUGUUGUCAAGAGCGACUUUAUAAAGGACAGUGGGACUGUCCUUAAGAUUGGGUGUUCAGAGAUCCCGAAACACUGCCUAGUGCAUGACUUCAUAGCCCUGGAUAUGGAGGCUGGUCUUAUGUCGGGCAAACAGCAGUACUUUGCAACAUCUGUUGGAAGUAGGAUCGGUGUGACGUACAACAUUAUCAAUGACACGGCUUAUAUGCAUUUUAUUAUCAAUGGGGAGGAUCAAGGUGCUUCGAUAAUGGAAGACGCCAAACCAAACUGUCCAUUCUACGGUAUAGUUGAUGUGUACGGCACGUCAAAACAAGUCCGGCUUGUACAACUCGUUUAUGUUCCCAGCUUACAAGAAUGCUGUCGCGAAUCCAUUCGAACCAGGACUGCAUCUGAAGCAUGUCUACGACAGCUCCCAUUACCGAAAAAACUCAAGAGUUACCUACGCUACGAGCUGUGAAGGAGCCAUUCAGCAAUAUGGGGGCUAUUCACAACACAAUAGCCCUUUUCAUGCUACUCUAUUCCCUGGGGCAACCCCAAGGAAAAAUGGCCGGGCCUUUUACACUUUGCUUUACCCCUGAUCUAACCUGGCAAAUGGCGAACAUAAUACCCCGGUGAAAAGUCGCCCCUACUCUUGAGUAGGGGCAAGCGUUAAAACCAUGGGGGAUUCUUGAAACGUACAGCCGGAACCCUGGAGUAGGGACCUAGGCUGGAACAGUGUGAAAGUGAGUUUGGGUAACCUGGGAUGAAAACAACUCCUGGGGCCUCUUUAGGGCUGUAUUCCAUGAGAUACAGUGAGUGUGAAAAUGGGCCAUACAGUUUCCCAAAAUGUGUCAAUUAAAAAAUAUUAUACUUGUAACUAAAAAAAUAUCAGGGCCCAAUUAAAAAAAGGCUGCUUUAAGGAAAAGUAUCUUUUUGUGUUUUUGGAACCAUUUGAUCAGUUUUCGAAUAUAAAUAUGAAUACAAUAAAACUAACCUGUGAACAUUUCAUCUCAAAAAGUGGUUGUGUUUGAGAUUUUGCCAAAAUUCUGGACUGAUUGUACCUGCCAAUGCAUGAAGAGUAUUUUGAACUGUAAACACAUCCUGAGAAACGUUUCAUGCAGAAACAUUAUCGAAGAUGCAUGUCAAGCAACCUUUUAAAUUUUUUUUUACAAUGGACAAACUCAUAAAAUAUACCUACUUUUUAUCCCGUUUGCCAAGAUGAAAGCUCAAACCCCAAAACAAAUCUCAGCUAGUAACUAUCUUUGUAAUUUUUAAAGGAAAUACAAUUCUAUAUUAGGAGUGAUAUUUUUUAAGCAAACUAUUGGUUUCCCUGGUAAUUUUUGAUUUCGGGCUAAUAAACUGCCAAUUGAAUUGUCACAUUAUUCUGUUUUGUGCAAAAUUUAAUGAAUGCUCCCGACUAUUUUGUUUAAGUGGAAUUAGAACAGAUUUUGUUAGCUGUUUGCAACCACUGAAGGCAUCUUGCAGUAAGCCAUUUCUGGCCGCUAAACGGUCCCCUGCUGCACUCCCACACCUUACCCCUGACCCAUGUUUGUGUUUUAUUAAAUUCAGAAUAACUCAGCUGUGCAAUUUUGUGCGUUUUUAUAGCAAUAUUUGCUGGUUUGGUUCACAAAAAAAAAAA